UGGUGCAUUUCAACAACCAACCGUGUAGGUGUGUGCGUGCGUUAGUGCACCGGAAGUUUGCACAGGCGUCUCCAUCGGUUCAACCAUCCACCGGUGAAACUCUCACAAGCUGUGACGCACACGAGCAUUAGCUUUUCGUGGAAAGCAUUCCAGCCUGCGCUCUUAUUUUCCCUAUCCCCCUUUUACUCGCACUUUUCCAUUUUCUUUCUCAUUUCAUUUCCCUCUCUCUCUCGCUUACUCGCUCUCCUAGCUCUAACACAUGCAUACAAACAAACUCCAUUCACAGCCACCGUGCGCCACUGUGGCAAAAUAGGCUCAGACCGUGUAAGCCAGACAGUCUUACAGUAGACGUCUUACCGGUUGGCGAACAUUUUCCUUCUGCGUGUUCUGGUGCUGCGAGAGCAACCUUCCUUCAAGGGUUCCUGCUUGUGUUUGCUCGCCAUACAAACGCUAGCCAACGAUUUUGCGUGCGUAAAGUUUAGCUUUGCUUCGGGCAAGUCAGUACGAGCUUUUUUUAAAUCUUUCCCCCUCGGGUUCGGUUUGAAGGGGUUUGAAAGUUCGGUAAACGAAAAAGAAAAAUCCAACCGGAAGUAAGCGUCAGGCAGACAGGUCUAUUUCCGUUUGCCGGUGUUCCCGUGUACGUGGUGCCUGUGUCCACAGUUCAGUGUGUAUGUGUAUAUUUGGGAAUGUGCGAUAGUGUGUUGUUUGUUGUGUAAGUGUACUAGUGUGUGAAAGAGAUAAAAAAAGCGAGAGAGAGAGAGAGCAUAUUUGUGGGAAUAGAAAACUGCCCACCAUCUCUCACGGCAACAUUGUUUGAAAGCGGUUGUUAAGCAGAACCAGAAAAGAUACCAACAAAAAAAGUAGAAAGAAAAACGGAAUUGCACACGAAGCAUCGAAAUCACUGCUGGUGGUAGUAGCGCGGUAGUGUUUCUCGCCACCACAAUAAGGUACAACACAGCUUGCGGUACUUGAAUUUCUGCCCCCCAAACGUGAACGCGAAAACGCGGUAGUAAUUUUCCAGCGCAUUUCUCCGACUCUGUUGCUGACAACCGUGUUCCACACACAGCCGGAAAGAUACUUCUACUAAGAGGAAGUACUACAGCAGCGCCUCGUAGCGCCUAUCCUGGAGCACCACCGCCUGCACCGGCCACACUAAAGGGUGCCCAGCGACCCGCUAUGACUAGUCCGGCCAGCGGCAUUCCCGGUGCACCGUACAGAGGCACUGCCUGGACGCAGGGUUACGCCCCAACACAACCAACCUACCGAUACACUGCUCCGCAGACCUAUGCAUAUACACCACACACGACGACCCAGUACGGACAGCGUGUGCCGACAGCAGCGUCGCCCAGCAACACGAACUCGAGCAGCUCGUCCAACACUGGUUCGCAGAGCGGCACCCUGAGCACGAGCCUGAGCAACACGACCAACACAAACAACACGAUGGGUCCCAGCAACACGCCACAGCAGACGGAGCAGCUGUCCAAAACGAACCUCUACAUUCGCGGCCUGCAACAGGGCACGACCGACAAGGAUCUUGUCAACAUGUGUGCACAGUAUGGUAACAUCAUCUCUACAAAGGCAAUAUUAGAUAAAACAACAAACAAGUGUAAAGGAUACGGAUUUGUUGACUUCGAGUCGCCAUCGUGUGCCGAGGGUGCCGUCAAAGGGCUUCAAGCGAAGGGCAUCCAAGCUCAGAUGGCCAAAGUGGGUAUCUGGGUGCUACAUAGGCCGGCCAUUCAACAGGAACAGGAUCCUACCAAUCUGUACAUCGCGAAUCUUCCCUUGAACUACAAAGAGACGGACGUUGAAAAUCUGCUGUCCAAGUACGGCCAGGUCAUCUCGACCCGAAUUCUGCGCGAUCAGAAUGCACAGUCGAAAGGUGUCGGUUUUGCACGAAUGGAGUCACGGGACAAGUGUGAACAGAUUAUUCAGAUUUUCAACGGUACACAGUUGCCGGGCGCCAAGGAACCGCUGCUAGUGAAGUUUGCCGACGGUGGCUCGAAGAAGAAGAACCCGUUCAAGAGCCCGGAUCCGAACACGCGAACCUGGCGCGAAGGGGCCGAAGGUAUCCCGGUUACCUACGAUCCGAACAUGCAGCAGAACGGUAUCGGUGUAAAUGUCGGUACGCACAUCAACAUGCCGUACAGAGGGUUCAGUACACCGCAGGUCGGAGGUUAUGCCGUGCCCGGUUCCCAGUGGGUGCCAAGCUAUAUGAUGACACAGGCGAUUGCCCCGGUCGAGGAGCAGCAAUACGUUCAGGUUCCCGCAUCGCAUCUGAGCGUGGGUACACCGUACAAGACGGAUGGUGUGACGCCGGUACAGCCACGUGGCGUCUCGAUGAUCAUGUCCAGUGAUAAUCCAGCUGCCGUCCAGUACGGCAUGAUGCCACAGUUGGCAACACUGCAGAUUGGCUCCUCGCCGAUCCUAUCUCUCCCGCAACAGCAGUACAUCAGCCCAACCUAUCCGUACUAUCCGACCCAUCCGACGUCGGUAAUCCACACGCUGCAGAUGGGCGAUACGGAGCAGGCAAGCACAGCCGCUUCACCUGACGAAGCAUACACCACGCAGUAUCAGCACGCUCCGAAGUAGAUCUUCACACCCGAGCAGAGAUCACACCCGGAAGAGCCAGCCAGCCCUCCCGUAGCCAAGACACACCAUCACCACCACCACCACCACCAACACCACAUCCAUCACCACCUUUGAAAUGAUGAAAACAACAUGAAAGUGCAACAUGAAUGAAUGAUCGAUAUCGUGAUCACAUCCAUAAACAGAGUGUGUGCAACACAAAACAACAAACCCAUCCUUCGUCUUUACCGCACACUGGGGUUCGAUUGCGAUCGCCAACAACUAUGUGUGCGUGCGUGUGAACACCUUGAUCAAGCGCGUCAAUAUCAGUUUCGCGUUGUAGAUGACUUGUCUAGAACGAUACAUUCUUCACACAAACGAAGAAUCGAGAAAGAGUUGCGUUAUUGCUAACUACAAAAUGCAUAGCAUCGUAGAAGGAUCGUGAGACAUUUGCAAUGACCUCCUACCACCGAUCGAUAGGACGUCCAUGGAUGCUUCAUUUCAACAUGAAAUGAUAAUUUGUACCAACACAGGAAGAAAUACAUCACAUUCUUGAGCAUAGGGUAGUAAGACAACAACAAAGAAACACAUCGUAUGAUCUUCUUACGGUUGUAAGUGCACUCGUUGCUUUAAAGAUCAUUUGCAAGCAUCGGGAAAUACCAAAUAAGACGCAAGGUAAUGUAGGGCAAUGCUGAGCGAAACAACGGUCACAUUCGGAGAUUAAAUGAAAGCCAUUGAAACAGUGCAUAGAAUGCACCAGCGAUGGUGAGAACGUGUCACAGAUUUGUUGCAUACUGUCCCGCAUCAUGGUAGGCCAAAUGAAUUAAGAUACCUCAAACUGAACGAUACGGUUCGAUUGAAGUUCGAAACCGAACUUUAGACCGCUUGCGGAUGUGCAAUUUGCCGUGCAGUGUGUGCAAGAGCGCCGAUAUGAACGAACGAAUGACAUAAACGAGUUUAACGAGAUAGGAGGAAACAAAGCUGAAAGUAAAAAAAAGCGAUAAGACACGAACCUCACGAACCAGUGGCGUUGAUCGUCCACCAUAACGAUACAGCCGAAUGACUGAUGAUUAACACAUUACUUUUGGAUUGCAUACUAGACGAAACUAAUAAUGGAACGUUGCGUGGGUAAACACAAACAUGGAACUUUCCUCUCUGAGGCUGCCAUAAACUGUAGCACAUUUGAACCUCUUCGCGCUUAUUGCGCUGCCCGCAACCUGUGCAAUGGUUAAUCGUUUGCCAAGUUGUGAUGGCUUCAUUUAAACACAAAGUGUUCGUUCGAAUGUAUUUUGAGAUCACUUCAUGCUCCUCACUUGAGGUGAUUUAGAAGAGGAUAAUAGGGUUGCUGUUGCCACGUUGCGAUAUGGUAAAAACGGCGAAAUGUUGUAAUACUUGAUCGUGCACGAAGACUGUGUUCGCAGUAAUCACCAAAACAGGAAAUGUAUUGUAAACCGAUAUUAAAGGAAUACCGAAAGGCAGCAGAGCAAAGCCUUUAUAUGAUCAUCCAAAGAAGUAGACGAAGAAGAAGGCUUAGAACAUCGAUAGGUUUCCCACUGAAACUGAUGCACAGUCUUCGCAUUGUAACCGAAAUGACUGUUUUUUUCCAAUGAAUAUUGCAGGAAGCUUGCAAUGUGUCGAUCUUACUUUCAAAAACGGUAGUGGAUUGGCUACUCCCGGUGUAUACGUGUUUGGCCCAUUUUGUCAACCACAAAACAACCACCAACCAACCCCUUUUUUCCCCGCUCCCUAGGGCAAACAAAACAAAGGCGUUGUGUGAUUGCGUUUUACAAAUCCACCAUGCUCCUUUUUAGUGUUGUUUUGUAGGGAUUUGUUCUUUUCCUGUCGGAUGUGUUGCUCGAUUUUAGUAGAGUUAAUUUUAAUUUAUUGUUUUCUUUGUUUUCUUUAUUUUUUUUUUUUGUUUUCCAUUCCGGGAAAUGUUUUUUUUGUCUUUGUUAAUUUAAAAGCGAAACGUGGAAGUAGCUGGGAAGGGAAAAGCAUUAGUGUAAGAUGAUAAUGGGAAGGGCCAACUUUGUAGGGAUCGGGCAGAGAGAUGCUCGAAAUUAAUGUGAGAAUCGCAUCUAGGCAAAUGAAGAAUGGCGCUGAGUGCGCAGUGUGGAAGGAAGCUGAAAGCGUAAGAAACUAGUUUAUAUUUUAGUCUCGUAGAACGAAUGAUUUAAUUGUGAAGAAUCGGAAGAUGGAAGCGAUCCUCAGCACUGGGCGAAGAUAAUUGAUACACUCGUUUGUUUGUCGAAUUCAAACCUCAAUGAAGGGACGAUUUAGCCGAAAGUGUUGGACGCGGUAGUAGAUAAAUCCACAGAAACACGAAACUCGAAAGCAGUAGAGUCAAUCCCCCGCGAUACAGAUACGCGCUAGCUUAUCAUGUGCUAGCUUGAUAAGAUUAGUUUUUAGAGUGUUUAGUACGUUAAGUAGGAUUUUUCGAAGGACUCCCCACACUGUUCCCCGUGGUGCGCUUUUGUGCACUUUUUUUUCUACCUUUGCGUUCCACUGAAUGUUAGAACUCUUUAUUAUCUUUCCAUGUUCGCUAUGCUAACCUCACGGGGGCAUCCGGGACAUCGAUUGUUAUAUUUUCUUCAAAAACCUUUCAAAUUUGGUCACAUGCUUGUAUCGUUGGAACAGCUCUUGAUAUUGUUUGUUUUUGUUUCUGUUUGUCCUUGGUGUGAUUGUGAUAGCGCAUAAAAGCCGAUGAAAAGAGAAAAGAGUUCUUGGCGAAAAAAAAUGAAUCUAAAAAGAAGGCUAACGACCUAACGUGAGGGUGUUGUGGAAAAGAUGCAGGCUGCAAAGAAAGCAUGGAUUGAAAUGUGCAAACAAAAAACUUCCAAAUCAUUUUGUAUGUUGUCCUGUGACGCGUUUAGAUCAAUGAUUACUUCACAUUCUUCUAUGUUUUCUUGCGCAUCGUGUCCUCUCCGUUAUGAGUAAUCGGUUUGCGUAGGGCCAGAUAAGAUCAAUUUUCCAGCUCUUCUUUCCUUUGAACAGUGAAUGUUUGAUUAGUUGUGAGUGAAUUCGGAUGAGCUUCAUCCAAAAAGAACCGGACGCGAUGUCCAAGGCGCAGUGCGUAACAAAAUGCGGAUAAUAAACGGAUCAUGAGUAGAACGAGACCGAAUCAGUUCCCCGAGGCGUUCCCCUUAAACUUAAGGGAAAUUAAUGAGAAAAGCUUACACUAGUGUGAACAAAACGCUUUUGAAAGUUAUAUUUGUGUGAUGAGUUGUUAUUAUUUCCAUUAUGUUAAGCAAGUUUCGUGCAAUGGUUUGUUCCCCACUGUGCAACAAAAAAGAAAUCUGUGCGCACCGCACAGAUAGUUUCUAGUAAGUUUUUUUAUAUUUUCUUUUAUUUAUUAUUUAUUAAUUUUUCCUUUUCUUAAUAUAUAUUUUUUUCAUUUUCAGUUUUGGCAACCAUAACGUGUCUCCUCUAUCAUCCGACAUUAAAACCUACAGUUCUUGAACAGUGGCGUAAAUUCAGCAACGUGAAGUGACAUGUAAUUGGGCGGAAUAUAAAAAAGAUUGUGCCUUUAUCACAAUUUGUCAUUAUUGCCAGUUUGCAAUGAAUUUUUUCCCAAAAAUGUUUAUUUUCUUCUCGCAAAAAAACCUAAAAGUGAAUGAAAAUUAAGUAAAACUCGCAAAAGCAAGAAAACCUGCAAUGUGGAUGAUCGAAGUAAGGAAUACAUUAAUUAACCAUCGAUACGAACAAUGAUUUGAGCACGCAACAUGAACAAUACAAUUGAAAACAGUGAAUAUAUAAACCCAUUUCGUACAUCAGUAAGAGAAAAACACAACCGCACAGAACAAAUUGACAAACAAACUGUUAAUGCAAGUGAAACGAGUAACUAAAAGCAAAAGAUGUGUGUAGCAACAGCACAACAUAGAAAACAAAAGCGGAAGCAGCAGCUGAAUGGUGAAAACAACAACCAAAAAAACAAAGUAACAUACUUUUUCUACACAAAUAUUUUUGAAAGUCCCUUUUUCCAGUUGUUGAAUUUUCAUUGAAACUAACGGAGAAGGUAGAAAGGAGAAGCACAGUUUACAACAAAUAAAACGCAUAUUCGAGAGGCAAAGGAACUGAGAAGAGCAAAUAGGGACACGCUUAACAAUAACAAAAAACUUACACACACGAGAUAAAAAAAACAAUACCUAACUGUCGAACCGUUGAGCGUUUUUCAGCGCAGAAAAAUAAGCUGUUUCGUUGGAUGAUAUAAAUAUCGAGAUACAUCGACUACACACGAAACUUUAUAACACACUGCAGUUACAGUACUGCAAACGUGCACGUUAAAUUGAACUAUCAACUAACCCCACACUCUCUCUCACAACUUAACGCCAACGUUUGGUGGGUCACCGAAAUGAAUGUACUAAAACAUAACGCAUUCUUCCAUUUUAUGAACUGAAAGGGAUAAAACCUUUUCUCGUACGCAGCUUCGACGAUGUAAUCACAAUCUAUAAUCACAUACAAAACACGCACUAUAUAAUCACGUAUAGGAAUAAUGAAACGAAUUGAAAGUAUAAGAGUACGGUGCACCAUGGCUGGAGCAAAAAUAAACAACAAAACGUAAAAUUAUAGCGUAAACAGAACAGCAUGAAAGGCCAAAAGACGAUCUAGAAGAAGAGAAGAAGAAAAAAGGAAUAUUAUGCUUAUUUAUAGAACACAAGUUGACACUUUGCCUGCCGACUGCCCACGAUGCGCCAUUGCCCUAUAAGUUGGUAACUGCUGGCGUCGUCGGUGCACGUAAGCUAUGUGAUAAUAUGUUUCAAUGCUGUGAUACAGAGUAAUAGUCUCGCCCUCUUCUCGUUUGCUGCUACCAACGAUAAUUUAGUAGAAUCCUGCUAAUCGCAUUCGCUAUACAAGUUGAUUUGUUUACUUUAAUACGAUAUGUCGGACUUUUCUAGGGGACAAAAGGUCACUGCUAGUGAAAUUCAUUUUUUAAAAAAAUUAAACUUCUUUCAUUUAAAAAAAAAACUAGGACAUUCGCCCUAUUGCAUUGUAAAUGAUCGUUAGUUCAUGACUAUCUAAAUAUAUCUAGUUAUUCACAAUUAUUAGCAUACAUUACGCCAGAAAAGACUGAUUCCUCCGCUAAACGCAGCAAAUCGUCAAACAUCUUCUCUGGUGUUUGGACCAUGUAUGCUCGCGCUCGUACGUACUUAAACGAUCAUUGCUGCGUAAACGAGGCUCGGAUAAGCUUUUUUAGGGUCUUAUAAGGAAAAAAGCUUUUCUUGUUUUUUUCUUGUUUCUUUCAUUUGCGUUUGCUUACUAUUCCAAAGAACAGUAUACUAUUGUGAAUACUAUUGUAAUACUGGUGUACAAAGUAUAUAGCCAUCGGGCCAUUAACUGAGAAAAAGUGUUUCGCCCUGCAAUGUCAUUAUAACGCAAUACGGAAGAUCACGCCGUAGAUAUCUUAAUGCGUUUUUCCUACCCUUCAUUUGGCGUACACUAAUGUUUUCUCCUACUGAAUGAGUGGUUAUGCGUUAGUACAGUCAUUUCGGUGCAUAUCAAUGAUCGUUCCGUUGUUCAAAGUGUGUGGGUACAAGAGUGGUUAAAACGUUUCAAAAUCGUUUAAAAAUUCCUUUCCACUAACCUAAUAACAUCACGCGCAUCACAGGAGAGAAAAAACGCUCUAAAAAUGUAUACAAAACUAUUAAAACGACUCGGAAAUGAUCGACGUAGAUAAAAUGAAAUACAAAUGAUCAUGCCAUUUUGAAAUCACUCGAAUUAAUGAGACAAACAAUGGCACAAAUAGACGAUGGGUUAAUUCGUGUUCCGUGUUGCACACAUGUUGUUGACAGGAUAGGCGUAAGUACGCGUUGCGUGUGUAAUUUAAACAAAAUGAGCUGUGUUUGUGUGUGAAUGUGUUUAGCCGUCUUAAACAAAUCCUGAAUGAUCGUCAAACACUAAUUAAAAUAGAACAAACAAGAAACAACAAAAUGCUGUUGAGUGUAAACGGUGUAAUUAGCUAGACGAGACGAGCGUGUGUGUGUAUCUGUUGGUGUAUUUAGAGGAGAAUAGCUCACUCAUUCCUGAAACAAAGAGAAAAAAAACAAUUUUCUUCCACGAUUUACUUCUCACCAUGGCGAGGAAGUUCCUCACUAGUGGGUUUAUGUUUAGAUUAUCGUACAUUGCCGAAUGUUCAUCACGGGAAGGCAUUCGAACGGGUGAAAAACGUUCGUUAGAAUAGUACUGAUUAGCAGAAAUCAUUAAAAAAAACACACACACACACAAAAUGGAAGAAAUGGUGGAGACGCACACUUUUAAUGAACCAGGACAGCAGGUUAAAAAUCAUAAUCAAACAGCUCCGAUUAAUUCGCAGUAGGCUACACUGCACUAAGAAGGCCUCGGUAAUCGUACACGAAGAUUUUGCGUCACAGAGCAGUAGACACAUACAAAAAAGUUGGGCGGAAAAAAAACAUACAAAAGAGAAUUAUAACAGUGGCACGGUUUCUUGCACGGUGAUUUUUUCGAACCAUUUUUACCUUUUACCUUUUAAAAGAAAAAGGCAAUAGGAACACGAUCGCGGGAAGCUGGUCGCGCAUGCAAUGAAGAGCGAAUGAGUAGCCUCACGUAAGUGGCAGCAGCAGUUGGAUGGUUGGCCAAACCGGGUUGUCCCGGUGAAUCGGAUUAGGGAAGGAACCGGAUCACCAGAUUUAAGCACGCCAGGUUACAAAUUUUCCAACCACAACACACACGAGCAAAAGGUACAGCGCCCAUGUGCAGUUAGGUGUUUGUGUGGGUGGUAGUUAGAGUGACACCCACUCCAUAGGAGAUGUUUCGCGACACAGCAACAGCGCAGUAGUCGCUUUAGUCGAUUUAGUCGUGCGGUACAGACCGCCGGUAAAACAUCCGUGGGUUUUUGUGGUUUUUUGACUUUUUAUUAGCACGCUCUAGAAGAGAACAGGGAGGCGUAGUAGAUAUAGUAGUGCAAAGCGCCAGGCUAGACAAAAACGACAAGGGUUCAUAGUAUCGUGUAGUGUAGUGUUGUCUUUAAGCGUGUGUGUGUGUGUGUGUAGCGUUUGGGGGAGAAAAGUAGUAGUUCGCUAGGCAAGUAGGCAAAAUACUAGGUACUGUACUACUAAAAACGGAUGUAGAAAGAGAGCGUGAGAAAGAAACAGAAGCAUAUAAGGACAUCCCAUUCUUCACCAUCUUUUCGCAAAUGCUGUUUGACUCAAUCCACCGUCGCUCGGUAAAUGGAAAAACAAAGGUGUGUGAGUGUAAGGAACGAGGGUGUUUAAUGUAAAGUAUAUACAUGCGUGCUGGUGAACGAAAGGGUAAACUCUUAUCAGGAUGUACUAGUCUGAAAAAUGUCUUUCUUUGUUAUACUUUUUUUUCUUCUUCUAGCCCCUUAUUGGCAUCUCUUGGUAAUGUGUUGUACUAGAAUCAUUGACAGUAGUAUGGAACUAUUGAAAGUACUGCGAGUAGCGCAAAGUUGUUGUUAUUGAUCCAAUUUUGUGGUUGGAUGGUGUUAGAGAUUGACGGUGCCGUAAGUGUAAGAGUUUUAAAAUCUCCCCCUUAUCGUUUGAUUUAGAAAACAAAAAUCUUUUAAAAUGAUUUUACACUGAUAUAAUUUUCGAAACUAUCGAUAUCAUCACAUUGUUUAUGUUAUUGUUUUAAAAAAUGCUUUGAAUGAAAAAAAAAAUCAUUGAAAACCCAUGUCAACUUGAGUAAAUUGAUGGGAGAUGCCAAGGGUUAAAGAAAAGAUGCGAAAGACAAAUGUUUUACAAAUAAAAAAUGUACGAACGUAGGAAACAAACUUAGAAGGUGAGACAGACGAGAAAAGAAUGAUGAAAAAGGAGACUAGUUUAUAUGAGAUUGAAAGCAAAUAGGAAAAACGGACUCUCGCAGAAAUAAGUUACAAAAACGAAAGAAAUAAAUAGACGAUUCCAUGGAAGGGGGAAGUAUAUAAAUGCGGACAAACCAACUGUCAACCAAACUAACAACCAUAAUAAAUGGAGAAAGUGCAGUAAAUAAUGAAAGAGAGAAUGUAAUACAAAACAAGCAGAAGCGGGGAAAAGAUGGCAAACCUGAAACAUGGAAACUGUCGUAGAAUAGGAAACCAAACCAAAUCCACUCGAUCGCGACAUUUCGUCAUGAAUGAAGAAGAUAGUGAAUAGCGUAAAAGUGUGGUGCAUAACACCCACACAUCCACACCCACAGGAUUAAGUAGCUGAAAUGAAAGGAAACGAUGCAACCGUGUAGUAGUUUUACUAGGCUUAAGAUGGAAAAAAAAACAAAAUGAAACUCUUAGGCGUAUUUAUAGAGCAUGUAAAGUUUAAGGUAGAUGUGGAAUGGCAUACGACAUUGGCUAAAAAAAAACAGCUAAUACAUACACGCACACAUACAGACAAGCACCGAAGUGAGAAAACAAUGGAGCGAAAUACAUUUAACAUCACAACAUGAAUUGGAAAUGGAAAAAGUACUUCCUAGUAAAUACAAGUAGCCGCACGUCGGAAAAUGUGUGUAUGUGUGUAUGUGUGUUAAGCGCACGUUCUGCGGAAGGAAAUGUCUGCGGGACAUCAGACACGGACGAGACACGUGGGGCUUAGGAUUAAACAAUGAAAUGAAAUUUUUGCUAGUUUUUAAGGACAUAUUUAGGGUAAAAAAUUGUUUAGUAUUUAAAAACAACAGUGAACAAGACAACAAACCAAACAGACAAAAACCGCUCGUUGUAGUAGAGAGAAAACAAGUUUGCUAAAUGCUUUCCCCAACAGUUCGAUCUUUCAGCGAUUUUAUUCCGUUGUGCUCCCACGAGUCCGACAAUGGUGCUGGGAAAAGUAAGAACAAUUUUGCAUUUCAUGAGAUACUGAAGUUAAUGAUGCAGUUAGUUGUUGAGUUGCGGCACACCUAUGCAAUCGUGAAACAUGCUGUUUAGCAAUGUCCUUUUUUUAGUACUACUUUCGUUAAUUUUCCUUUUCUUCGGUAUAUCUUACCUAUUGGCUUGGGCAAAAGAAUGAGGAAUACAAUAUUUAAAGCAAAUUAUAUGUACAUGAUAGAGUAACAAAAUUACGAAAUGGGUGGAAAAUCAAGCAAACGUAAGAAUCGAUUUAUUUAUUCGACACAAACAGCAAGUGUCCGUCAGGCUUUCUUUUCGCUAUCGUUUGUGAACUCUGUAAAGGCAAAUAGAUGCAAAUGAAAGUAACAAAAACAAACACUGAAAUGAGACGAUCUUUGGUGAGGAAUAGCGUAAAACAAAAACCAUUAAAACGAUAGCAAGCCUCAACAAUCGUAAUUCUUCCUGCUAAACUACACACGAUACGAUACGCAAACACAGUGAAGUAAACGAAAUCAGGAAUUUUUCAUACACAAAGAUGAAGAAAGGGUAGAACAAACACGCCCGCAGUAAAACAAAAAAGAGAAGAAAGAAUGCAGUGAAAGAAUUUUCCCACUUUCCCGAUCGAUUUCCUCCAUCAACAUGAACAUUGCACACACCCUUUACAUCCUUUCCUAUCGCAGCAGGCUGUCCGUUAACUAACACGUGCGCAUCCAUUCGAGGAUUGAUCGUGUAUGUAUGUGUGUGCGUGUUUGUGUGCGCAGUCUUGUGGACCGUGAGGUGAAGAAGUGAAGGGAAAGUGUAGAACCGAAGCCAGGAUACUAGCGCACAGGAAAUAUCACAUACACAUACAGACACACACAGAGAAACACUGAUGCGCUCAUAUAUUACCAUAUUAGAAGAAAAAUUUAAAUGCGAACGGGGCUUCCACCUUCGGUUCUGUUUUAUACAUGAUAAACAAGCGGACGGAAUGAAUUUGCGUUUCCGUGUGAAACAAGCCAGUGAGAAAAACAUAAGCAUUGGAAAAGUGUGUACCCAGUGUCAAAACCCGUUUCCCCAAAACCAUCUAGUGCGCUUUGCCAUUUUGUUUCAAUGAUUUUCCUUACACGCGUACACACAUGCACACAAACAUACAUACAUUUGCAUUACAUCAACCUGAUAGUGCUUUUGCGAGAUAAUAUUUUUCAUCUUCGGGCUUCCGGCCGGAUGUUGGAAAACAGGGGUAGAAGAAGAAAAAGAAAACGUUGCAGUAUAUUCUGCAUGCUAAAUGUGGCCAUUAGAAUUCACAACUCACACCCGCAUACACACAGUUACACGAUGCCAUGCAUACACGAAGGAUAAGACGAAUAGACGGAUGGAUGGGCGGAAGGAGCUGAAAACUUAUUUUUGGUCUUAUUUUCGAAUCGCUUAGUACUUAAGGAUGUUAAAUGAAAGUAGUUGUAAGUGAACAAAUGCAAAAUGAUCAUGUUUUUUCGUCUGCCGGCAGAACCCGGCCAGAUGGGUGAAACGGUUGAAAAGCAACAUACACGAAUCGAUAAACGCUCACAGAUAGGCAAAACAGGACAUACAAAUGUCCGGCUUAGGAAUGAAAGAAAAAGAAAACAAAGCAAAUGCGCUGGAAAACGAGCUGUAGAUUGGAAAGCAAAUAAGAAAUAAAUAUUUAAAAAAAACUGAUUUACAACAACUAGCGGCUAGAACACGGGGUACGAUGAGACGUUCGACACGAUCAGAAGGAAAAGAAAAGCUAAAAGUAAAGAGUAAAAACCAGCUCACCGAAUAACGGAAGCCGGUGCUUCGGAAGUUCGAGAUAAGUAGUGGUGGACACACAUGAACACCUAAAAGUUAAGCAUGUUAGUAGCAACAACGUGUCUCGAAAUCGACGUGGAAAGGAGGCAAACGAUGUCACGCGUACUGUUGUAAGCGGAAUAGUAGAUGAAUGCUGAACAGCAAGGAGAAACAAAACAAACAAAAAAUGAUUUAAAAACUCAACCCAAAAAAACUACAAACAAAUUGAAAAAUGCAAACAAAAAACGAAAUGGUAGUAGAAAACAAAAACAGUGCAGAUUGAACCGUUGUAGUCUGUAAGAUGGUGUUGACAGUGAAAGAAGAAAAAACAAACCAGAUGAAAAUGAAAAAAAGAACCUUUAGCUUCUAAGUAAAACGAAGAAAAUGAAAAAGGAAAGCAGAACACGCACUCACAGAAAACUAGCUUUUAAGAGUAAAAACAAAAAAAAACGAAGCUGAAAAUAUGGAAUGAGUAAAUUUGCGGCACGGAAUAAAAGGAGAAAGUAAAUGGUCA